AUGGCCAUGAUCUUUCAUACCUCAAUGAUUCAUUUUGGUUGCUCAGUGUACCAUACCAUGGAACUGACGCGACUACCAUUUGCCUGGCCUUGGCUCUCUUUAUUUGGGCAUUUUUUUUGCAAGCCGACAGUAUUGAAAUAUUUAGACCCCAGGUGGAAUCUUGCCUGGAAUGUUAUUAUUGGGAAAAUCAUAUACAUGCUGGAAGCUUUAUUUCAGGUUUCCAAUGAUGUUGAAAGGACCCCAAAAGGGAUAAAAAAUAACAAAGUCCGUUGGAAGGACGCCGAGCCAAACUCAUGGGAACUCCUUCCUAGACAUUUCGAUUCCAGGUUAGGAGACAAGAAACUGGAAGUUCAGCUAUCUUUUAAUCAUUCAGCAUCUUCGGAUAUGCCAAGGACGGAGCAAAUGUUAGACCAGUCACCAUUUUUUGGAGGAACCCUAAUCAAGUACCAUGAGUGGUGUAGCUCCCUGUUUUCUUGGAGGAAACUCGAUCUUGCAUCAUAUAUAGUGCAGGCGCGGAUUUCGAUGUGA